AUGACACUCACUCACAACACUCGCGAGGCGCAGGCGGCGCGGGCGUGCGUGCGCCGAGCGACGACUGCCGUACACAGACCCCCACCGCUAUUCCCCACCGCUACCGGCUGCCUCAUUUCUCACUAUAAUUUGCGUGCUCGUUUUUUACCAUCAUUACCUCGUUUUGUUUUACGUAUUAUCGAGUGCAUCCCGCUCGCACGGCCGCCAUGCGCGGUGAGCGCCGCCCAGAUAAUAGCCACGCGCAAUUAG